CAGUUACAGUCACAGGCAAUAAAUUUGCGUCGCAGUUUCCCCGAACAAAGAAAAAAAAUAAAAAAAACCAAGGAGAACAUGGAGAACAAACCAAAACAGGAGCAGGAGCAAGACCAGGCCCCGACCGGGUUGGGGGAGCGCACCGAAAGCGAGAGCUCUGUGGACAGCAUGACGCGCUUUGUGGUGCCCAGCCUCGAUGGCAGCCCGCCGAAGAUUGUCACCAUUGAGGAGGUGUCUGGCAUUUUCAAGGAUCUCCGGAAUAUGGAGCUGGCCCACGAGAUUGCCUUGAAUCCGGACUACAAGCUGAAGCAGUAUGAGCCGCCAACGCACAGCUUUGAGGGACGCGUCAAGGCCAUGGUUUACAAGGCCUACUGGGAUGUAUUGCGCACGCAGCUGGAGCGCCAGCCGCCGCAGUACGAUCAGGCCAUACGCCUGCUGGCCGAGAUCAAGGAGUGCAUACCCCAGCUGGUGACACCCAACGAACGGACGAUUGCGCGCAUCAACGAGGUGCUGGACACCGAUGUCAUCAGGCAACAGGCGGAGCAGGGCGUGCUGGACUUCAAGUCCUAUGCCGAUUUUGUGAUCCUCAUUCUGUCGCAAUCGUGCAGCGCGGCCCGGGAUGAGGCGGUGGCCGAACUGCGCACAAUUGACGAUGUGGUGGACACCUUCCGCAGCAUUUUGGAGCUGAUGGCGCUGAUGAAGCUGGACAUGGCUAAUUUCAUGCUGGAGCUGGCCCGCAAGGAAAUCUCCGCCAAUUCGGUGCAGUACGAGAAGGAGAAGCUCAGCAAAUAUCUGCACGAAUUCCAUGGCAAAGCUGGUUUCCCGGCCACUGAGGACUGGCUGCAGCGUAAUCGCUCUGAUGUCAGCAACAAUCAGACCAUCUACAAUGGAUACAUGGAGCUGAUCGACUAUCCGGCUGACAAGGACUUCCCCGAGCUUCUGCGUAUUGACAAGGAGCGCUUUGCGAGCAUUAGCUGGCGGGCCCAGCGCCUGAUCCUGUGCGCCUCACUUAUCUCGAUUGCCCAGAGUCCACCAAUUAUUUCGCAGCGUCCCAAUAACCGCAUGAAACUGGCCAAGCAGCUGGAAAUCAUAAUGCAGGAUGUCAAGGAUGAAACGCAAGUGGCCGCGGCACUGGAGAGCUGCUACGAGCAGAUCCGCUGCCUUGUGAACAGCGCCCUGUCGCAGGAGCAGCAGCCGGAUAUGGACGAGAGCAACCUGGCGAGCCUGAAGAGCCAGCUGAUGCAGCUCAGCAACAAAACCUCACCAGUGCGCAGUCUCAUGGCCAAGCGCUUUGAUCUCUUUGUGCGCGUGUCGCUGCGCGCCGACAACCACAUUCCACCACCGCCAGCCGGCUUCAAAGAGUUUGAGGAUGAGCUGACUGCACUUAUAACGUCGCUGCUGCGCUUGAUAUCCUACAAUCAUGCUGUCUUUGGGGAGCAGCUCUUCAAAAUUCUGGAGAAGACAACUUCCAGCACUCCAGAGUCGCCGUCCGAGCCGGCCGCAGCCGCACCUAUUGGCGGCAUUGCCCAGGUGGCCAAUCCUUAGAGAGGGUAAAGCUUCAGACGCGGGACGCAGAGACAAGCAACAGAAAUGAACACCCAAAAACACCAAGGACAGAUAAGGAUGACUACUGGUACUAACGCACUGGAAACGCUAUGGAUUCCUCAUCAAAACCAAGAAAACAGAAUAAGGAAGGAAGGAAGGAAGGAAGGAAGGGCAUAACUGUCACGGACUGGCCCGUACCCAUUGAACUGAACUAUCCAAAUUUAGCACUUUAAAUAACUUUGAUUUGGCUUUUAAUUUUGAUGUAUCCAUUUACCUACUUUAAUCUGAAAGUCAAUCAACACCAAGUAACACACUGUAAACACCAAGAAAUCAAAACAAAAACAACACCGACACCCGAUAUCCGAAAUCCGAAAUCCGUGCUGGAGCCUCUGUGAUAAAGAUGGAAUAUAUAUAUAUAUAUAUAUAUAUAUAUAUAUAAAAAUGAUGCAUAUAGUGGGGAUGGCUCGCGUGCUCGCAGCUGCAGAAUGGUUUAUAACUAAUUAAUCAUAUAUUUUAUUAUACCUUAUAUAUACCUACUUAUAUACCUAGUACAUUAUACUAAAUCUAGCAUUAAACCCGUUUCAAAUUGUAGCCCCACCACUGAAUGUUAAUUGAAUUUUGUUGAGGGUUCUGUGUGUGUGUGUCGCGGGCAAGACAAGCGUCUCGAUAGGAGUAGAAAUAUGAAACGAAUUGCUUACAAACUAACAUAUUUAUUAUACCCACAUGAAUGCAUUAUAGAUACAUAUGUGCUUCACAUCUAUUCAGAUAUUUGUAGCUUAGUUUAAAUCCUGACUCACAAUGAUUGAAUAAAAGUUAUUGAAUUCGA